UAUACUUCAGCUCUGCUGUUGUUGUGGCCUCAUUAUUGUGAGUGGUUACUCCAGUUUGAAGAUGCAGUUUCUUCCACUGCUGUUAUGGAUGGCAUUGCUCUGUCACAUGUCCGAUGCCCAGGUUUUAUCUCGAACACGCAGGAGGACAGUAUGGAGACCUCAUGUACGAUUAAGUGAGCCGGUCCCUGACCUGUCUCCAUCGUUUACUCUUCUGACUCCAGCAAAGCUGAGGACUGGAACAAAACAGAACAUCCUACUAGAGGGCCACAACGUGAACCAGGUUAUAAAGGUCUCAAUCAAGAUCAGUGACUACCCGGUUACAUCUGUUCUGCUGGAGGACUAUGUCAUCCUCAGUUCAGGCAACAGCUACAGCGCUCUUAAAACUAUUGAGAUCAAUCCAAAUAUGGUAAAUGCUGAUGAAAAGAAGAUGAAAUAUGUGCAGCUGGUUGCUCAGUUUGGUGAUUUUCAUCGAGCAGAGCGAGUGAUAAUGGUGUCAUUUCAGUCUGGAUACAUUUUCAUACAGACUGAUAAACCUGUUUACAACCCUGGAGACACAGUGCGCAGCAGAGCUUUUGUAUCCAAUUCUGAAUUCUGUGCUUUCGACAGAAUAAUAUCUCUGGAGAUUCAGAACCCAUAUGGUAUAGCAGUACACGGUACUGCAAAAGCCAAAGCAAUUGAUGGGAUACUCUCAAACACCUAUUCCCUCUCUACUGUGGCCAAAGAAGGCAGGUGGAAAGUUGUUGCAAAGUUUGACCAGGGAAAAGAAAACGCAUUCAGUAGAGAGUUUGAAGUAAAGAAAUAUGUACUGCCAGCGUUUAAUGUCACUCUAACACCAAAGAAAUCCCACCUCAGCCUAGAUGAGGAAAAGUUGGAGGUAGAAGUCACAGCCAGGUACCUAUAUGGUGCUCCAGUUCAGGGUGUUGCAUACGUGCUGUUUGGUAUUGAAAUGAAUGGCGAGAAGAAGAGACUCUCAUCUAUGAAGCAACUGAAUGAUUUGGAUGGAGGGACAGUUAGUUUGACCAUGGAGGAGAUAAAGAGAGUGUAUCCUUAUACAAACAUCCUAGUGGGGUCUUCUGUGUAUGUCAAAGCUUCAGUAAUGACCAGCUCAGGCAGUGACCUUGUGGAAGCAGAAAAAUCUGGCAUCAAAAUAGUGACGUCACCCUACAUGCUCUCCUUCAGAGACACACCUCAGUAUUUUAAACCUGGCCUACCGUUUGACAUAACGGUUGCAGUGAGUCACCAUGAUGGAUCUCCAGCUCCUAAUAUUCCAGUUCAAAUUAGCUUUCUUCAAAGCCCAAUCACUGUACACACCGGUACCGUCAGAACUUCUCUUAACAUGCCUGCUAUUAUCACACCACAGAUAUUGAAAGUGGAGACAGUAAGUCCAUUACUUAAACCAGAACAGCAGGCUGUACAGGAGAUGCGCGUGGAGCCAUAUUCCCCUUAUCUGAGUUACAGUCAAAACUACCUGUAUAUUUCAAUGGGCACCAACAGAGUGGAGGUGGGGAACAGUCUUAAUAUCAAAGUGCACAUCAAAACUUCCUCAACAGAAAACAGAGGACUUGUGGAGCAGCUGACAUAUGCUGUUUUAAGUAAGGGGAAAAUAAUCCAAGGCGGCAGGGUGAAUGUCAAAGGCCAGGAUACAACGAACAUUCCUCUGCUGAUUACCACAGAAAUGUUACCUGCAUUUCGGUUUGUGGCGUACUACAUGUUGCCAUGGAAGUUCAGAGCAGAAGUGGUGGCAGACUCGGUCUUGGUGGAUGUGGAGGACCGGUGUGUUGGUUCGCUCAAUGUAGGUCCAGCGGAUGGAGAAGAACUAAAUAACUACACACCAGGCAGCAGCUUUAAAUUCCAAGUUAAAGGUGACCCAGGAGCAAAGGUCAGCUUGGUUGCUGUGGAUAAUGCCAUUUUUCUGUUGAGUAAAAACCGUUUGACACAAAGAAAGGUGUGGGAAGUGGUGGGUCAGGGUGAUAUGGGCUGCACUGCAGGAGGAGGCAGGGACAGUAUGGGUGUUUUCAGUGAUGCAGGGCUGAUUUUUUAUUCCAGCUCUGGUGUUACCACUGACUCCAGCAGAGGUGGUUGCAACAGUAGAUCUAGGAGAAGACGUUCUGCUGCCAGACUGCAACUUAGAGAGCAGCUGGAGAAGGAGUACUCCGACAAGUUUCUACAGAGAUGUUGUGUGGACGGUAUGAGGGAGAUUCCUAUGCCGUACUCGUGCUAUCGCCGCUCCCUCUAUAUCACAGAGGACUGGAGCUGUGUCUUAGCUUUCCUCCGCUGUUGUGCACAAUACAGAGGGGAGGAGCUGGGUACCAUUACCAGACCUCCAACAACCACCACUCCACCCACCACCACCACCACCCUUAUAUUAUUCGAUGCACCUAUAUUACAUAGCUUUCAUAUGGAUAGAUAUGCUCAUGAUGUCAUUCGCCCACAUUUAUACGCAUUGCGUCCCGACCGUCCAUUGCUUCAAGGGCUUCCAGGGCUUUCAGGGUCUCGAGAAAUGUCUGUCAGUGCUCGAGUGUUCGAGAAGUCAGAGACAAUUUCCAACGUGAAUGCUGUUGUAACUGCAAAGAUCGAAGUGGAGGAAGAGGAGUUUGAUGAAAAUGAAUAUGCUGACAUAGAAGACAUUUAUGUACGCACCAGGUUCUUUGAGUCAUGGCUGUGGACUGAUAUCAGACUGCCCAACGUACCCAAGUCUGGGAGCAAAGAUGGGUUAGCUGUAUAUACAGUGGACACUGUUCUACCUGACAGUAUCACUCAGUGGGGGUUUCUAGGUGUCAGUGCUUCACCUGAAACAGGUUUCUGUGUUGCCGAACCUUACCAUGUCCGUGCAUGGAAGCCGUUUUUUGUAGAUCUGCGGUUGCCUCACUCGGUGUCCAGAAAUGAACAUGUGGAAAUCAAAGCUGUGGUUCACAACUACAAGAAUUCCAAACUCGAGGUAAUGGUGAUCCUGGGUAAGACAGAGGACAUGUGUAGUGUGGCAUUUAACGGACCCCACGCACAGAAAAUUUUUGUACAGGCCAGCUCUUCAGUUCUCCUCUCGUACACCAUCAUCCCCCUUAAAACAGGAGAGCUUCCCCUACAACUCACAGCUGUUGCAGACUCCUUCAUGGGGCAGGAUGCAGUGAGGAAGAAUCUACGUGUGGUGGUAGAGGGCAUCCAAACAAUUAAAGUGAGGAGCUUUGUGUUGAACCCCUCUGAGAAAGGAGACUUUGUUGGAAGACAGAAGGUAACAGUGGAUAAGUUACAGUUGGACUCUGUUGUGCCAAGAUCUCUGCCAGAAACAUUUAUCAAUGUCAGAGGUGAUUUGUUGGCAGACAGCAUUGAUAACUCCAUUAAUGAAGACUCUCUGGCAACGUUGAUCCGUAUGCCUGGUGGCUGUGUGGAGCAGAAUCUGGCCAGUAUCACACUGCCACUAAUUGCAGCUCAUUAUUUGGACAGUAGUGCACAGUGGGACAAAGUGGGAAUAAAUCGCAGAGAAGAGGCCAUCAAAUACAUACAGAAAGGUUAUGAAAACCAACUUAAUUAUAGAAAAAAAGAUGACUCGUACCCUCCCUACCGUAACGAAGGCACCAGCACAUGGAUCACUGCAUAUGUAGUGAAGGUGUUCUCUAUGGCACACUCGUUUAUUUCUGUCAGUGAGAAGCAUUUGUGUGGGCCUCUACUGUAUCUACUAGAGAAUAAACAGCGUCCAGAUGGAUCCUUUCAGGAGGACAAUCCUGUCUACACCACCAGUAUGACGGGAGGCCUGCAGGGUUCUGAAUCCAGAGCGUCUCUGACUGCAUUUGUGCUGAUUGCUUUGGCAGAAGCACAAAAUGCCAUUACCUGCCAAAAGCCAGGCCUCAACAUUGAGGACAAGUACAGAAAAGCAGCUGUGUAUCUAAGGGAACAAUUUCCCCUGCUGAAGAGGCCAUACACAGCAGCUAUAGCAUGCUACGCUUUAACAGUAUCCAACCAAGGCUGCAUGAAGAGCAUGCUGCUAAAGUUAGCCUCUCCAGAUCAUACUCACUGGCCUGACUCUGAUAAUCGUUUCUUCACUCUGGAAGCAACUGGCUAUGCAUUGUUAGCACUGCUCAAAGGAGGCCAUAUGGAAGAGGCAGCCGCCCCCUUUCGAUGGCUGAACGAACAUCGUGGCAUUGGGGGAGCAUACGGCUCUACUCAGUCCACCAUGGUAGUGCUGCAGGCCCUGUCUGAGUACCUCAUGAAGAGGCCUCCUCCUCCUGAUCUUAAUUUGCUGGUAGAACUCAGUGUGCCCGGUCGCAGUGAUGUACGCUGGACCUUCAAUCCCAAAGUGGCUUAUGUGGCUCGAACUUCACGGGUACCUUUUGACCAGGAAUUCUCAGUAGUGGCUUCUGGGAAUGGCAAGGGCAUAUUGGAGGUAGUGACAGUUUAUCACCAGCUUCCCGAGGUGUAUGAGAAAAGCACAUGUAAUGGCUUUCAGCUGGAUGUGUCCAUCGCAGAGACUGCUGAAAAAACCCCACCAGAUGUUGAAAAGUCCUACAGACUCGAUAUCACUGUGAAAGCUCUGGAGGGACACCAAGUGAGGAUGGUGAUUUUGGAUAUCGGCCUGCCAACUGGCUUUGAGCCUGAAAACUCUGACUUAGAGCUGCUCACAAAUUCAGUGGACCGCUACAUCAACAACUUCCAAGUGGUGGACAACCUGAGUGACAGAGGAUCCCUCAUAAUACACCUAUUUAAGGUGUCCAGCACUGACGCAGAGAUGAUCUCAUUCAGACUCAAUCAGAAGUUUAAAGUGGGGCUCCUCCAGCCUUCCACUAUUACAGUUUACCAGUACUACAACAAAGAUAAAUGCUGUAGCAGGUUUUACUCUCCUCCUGAAGACAAACAGCAGCUGGAUCAGAUCUGCAAAGAUGAUGUGUGCCGCUGCACACAGGGUGACUGCUGUGUAAUCAAAGCAGACUCCUUGUCUUUUGGUGAAAAUCAGAGAAAGAAUGCUGUGUGCAAUGGAUUACAUCAUGCCUAUAGGGUUAGACUGAUCAGUGUCAGCCAGAGCCACUAUGACCAGUACGAGAUGGAGAUUGUGCAGGUUAUUAAAGAGGGGAUGGAAGAUGACUUGAAAGAAAACAACAGGAGAAUGUUUCUCUCUCAUGCAAGCUGCAGGGCAGGGCUUAGUUUGAGAGAGGGUCAGGACUAUCUCAUCAUAGGCCCACUCACUGAUAUUUGGCAUGCAGGAAGCUCAUCCAACAAGUAUGUGUAUAUGCUGGGUAAGGACACAUGGGUGGAGCGCUGGCCAUCGGUGUCAGAAUGUGGGAGUGGCUCCACACUGCAAGUCAAAUGCACCGAGCUGAAGAACUUUGCAGAAUCACUGACACAGAGCGGCUGUCAGACUUGAGAGAUCUUAUAAACCAUUUUAUCUGACCACACGAAUGACAAAACCAAACUAUUUUUAUUCUGUGAAUUUUGCCAUUCUGUGUUUUUGAUUUAAAUCUAUAUGUCACAGCUCUCCAUGUACCUUAAAAACACACACACGCAAACAACAAACAAUGAUUUUUCUAAAUUGUGCAAUCUCUGCCAAAACUUUUGUUUUUGUGGCAUACUGUAUUUUACUGGAUAUCAUUGAUAAAAGUAUUACAGAACUA